AUGCCAAGCCUAUUAGGAUUAAACUUUCAUAAGAAGAAGUCUUCAGAGAGUUUGAAGGGGUUAUCACCCCUUCAUUCAAUCAAUCGAGAGGAUAGUAAUCAUAGCCAUUCCAAUCAGGGAACGACGAAUAACUCGAGUAGUGGCAAUGUGUCGCCUAAUCAUCAUCAGCAGCAGCAACAUCAUCAUCACCAUAAUAGGUCGUUCAACGAGUUGACAAGGUUUUUUAGAUCUUCGUUGCGAAAGAAGUCCACUGCAUCAUUGCAGAUGAAUUUGACGAGGUCUGUGGAACAGCACAAUUCGCAUACGCCCUCGGUUACGGCACCUAGUUCAGAUUCUGUGCUUUCGUUAUCGAACAAGACGAGUAUUUAUCACGAUGACUCGAUUUUGGCACAGAAAUAUGGGAAGCUUGGGAAGGUGCUUGGUUCUGGUGCGGGAGGGUCAGUGAAGGUACUUUUGAGGCCCACAGAUGGAAGGACCUUUGCUGUGAAACAGUUUAGGCCGCGAAGACCGGGAGAAUCCGUGAAGGAUUAUUCGCGGAAGUGUACGUCAGAGUAUAUGAUUGGUUCUAUGUUGCAUCAUCCGAAUAUUAUUGAGACGCUAGAUGUAUUUUCAGAUAGUAAACAGAGUCAGUAUUAUGAGGUGAUGGAGUAUUGUCCUGUAGACUUCUUUGCGGUUGUGAUGUCUGGUCAGAUGUCGCGUGGUGAAGUUAACUGUUGUUUUAAGCAGCUAGUUGAAGGUGUUAGCUACCUGCAUUCAAAGGGAUAUGCUCACCGUGACCUCAAGUUGGAUAAUUGUGUGAUGACUCGAGAUGGCAUUCUAAAGCUGAUUGAUUUUGGAUCAGCUUUCGUUUUUAAAUAUACGUAUGAGGCCGAUGAGAAAAUGGCACAUGGUAUUGUGGGUAGCGAUCCAUAUUUGGCUCCUGAAGUGUUAAUAUCAACCAAAUCCUACAGCGCACCGAUGGUGGACAUAUGGUCUAUUGCGAUUAUCUUUUGUUGUAUGAUGUUGAAGCGGUUUCCCUGGAAGGAACCCCGGCUAACUGAUAAUAAUUUCAAGGUAUAUUGCAUGGCAGAUGAUCAGGAACAUGAUUAUGUUAAGAGCGCUAAAGAGCAUGAAUUUCUAAUGCAGAAAAGACGUGAAGAGCGUCAGAAAGAGAAAGAAUUAAAACAAGAACUGGAGAAUAAACCACCAAGUUCAUCUAUAGAUAUUCAUAAACAAGUUGCCGCGGAUCUUCCUUCGGGAAGAACAGAUGAUUCAGAUACAAAGUCACCUGAGGCAAAGUCACCUGAAGCAGAUGCAAAGUUGCUAGAUGCAAAGUUGCUAGAAGCGCCAGAUGAAAAGUUGCUAGAAGCGCCAGAUGCAAAAUCGGCAGAGACACAGGAAGAGGCACAGGAAGAGGCACAGGCAGACGAAAAGCAUCUAGAAUUACCAGCUAUAAAGUCUCCGGAGCCGCAAUCUGCAAAAGUGACCGAAAUUGAAGAACACGCAGACCUCCCUAAAGACAAAAAUGAUAUGCCUUCAGCUCGUGAACCAACGGAAGGAGAAUCAAAAGCGCUUGCUACAUCAGAAAUAGCUCCAAAUAAAAGACCCAAGAAGGUUAUUCGAGGUCCAUACAUAUUAUUGCGUUUGCUGCCACACGCUUCAAGGCCACUUAUGUCUCGCAUGCUACAGGUGGAUCCUGCAAAGCGAGCUAGUAUGCAAAGUGUUUUGGACGAUAAUUGGUACAAGAGCAUUAAACAUUGUACCAUGAAUGAUAAAAAGAGUGUUCUAAGGGCACCAGGUCACUCACAUACAAUUGUUUCAGAAGAAAGCACGCAUCUAGAAACUCAUAAAGUGUGA